UAUCCCGUGUAACAGAAAGCAAAAACUGUAUCGGAAAUACUUGAAAAAGCAUCUCACCAUGCCUCUCGUCGUCCCUGGUAUCAACAACGCCCCUGGUCCCAACCAAGAGGAAUGGCUCAAUAAGCUGGCGGGGAAGAAGCUCACUGAGUCGUCGGAGAGCGAUGUGACUACGUUCGCGAAGAAGGACCUUCCUCAGAGCCAUCGCGUCAUCAAGCCUGGAGACAUGGCCACGAUGGAUUUCAACCCCGAUCGGAUGAACAUUCAUGUCGAUGAAGCGGGCAUUGUCAAGAAUGUCACCUUUUCUUAGACCAUGAUACAGCCAGGGUGUUUAUGAUGUAACGUGGACUUGUUAAGAUAUGACUGGGAUGAUAUUGAUGUAUUAACUAUGGAGAGGAUAUAUGGAAAUAAUGCUGAACCUAUGGUAUAAUGGUUUAUGUGGGAUUGUUCCUUCUGUAUGUGCAGCGUAGCUGAUAAGAUAUGGGUAUAUCCCAGUAUCGGAUAUCUUAGGACAUGAGGU